CCAUGAGGCGGCGCUAAAACCUGGCGGCUCACUUGGCUUCCUCUGGGCGCGCUCUCGACAGGAAGGAGGUUCCUCUCAACGAAGGCAGUUGUAGUUUGGACUUUAAAGUUCCUCUUAACUCAUUCAAAUCCUGUCAAACCUUGGAAUAAACACACAUUUAGGUGACCUAGCCUCGGACACCCCAUCUCCCUGGAGUCCAUGUUUGUAUUUUUAUUCUUCUUUUUGUGGCGACUUUAUGUGUUGGUGAGCUCCGUGAAACAGCACACCUGCGUGACUCAGAGCAUGAUUGAGGACCUCCUCCAAAAAAACGCACUCGUAUGUUUUUAGUGUCCAGCAGGGAUGUGUUCCAGUCGGGGUAUUUGCAACAGAAACGAGAGCUCUCGCAACAGGUCCACUCAUUCCGAGAGCACCGGUUCGGGGGCCCACUAUGCUCUGUGUGCCCUGGGAGUCGGCCUCAUCGCCCUGGGCGUGGUCAUGAUUGUGUGGACGGUGAUACCUGUUGAUGGCGAGGCGUCCGGCGGCUCCACCAACUCGUCCAGCAACUCCACGGCAGACGGUAAUGACGACAAUGAAGAAGAAGAGGGCGAGCUCGCCAAGUCCUCGUCGGUCGCCAUGGUGCUGGUGGGCGUGGGCCUCGCCAUGCUGCUCUUGUCCAUUUGCCUUGGCGUUAGAAGCAAGCGGAGAGCUCGUGAAAGCAGAGAGCAGCAGUCGACGGCAGCAGCAACCGCCUUCCUGGACCAUGUGGCCAGCGAUCAGUCAGCUCCAGAUCCAGCUUCAUUCAACGUCCCCACCUACGAGGAGGUGGUCGGAAGCAGCGACUACCCCGUCCGCCACAGCAACCUUCGCCAAAGCACCACGCAUCUCCCCUCCUAUGAGGACAUUUUAGCAGCCGUGGAGAACGAGGGCGCUGAGCCCGCCAACCAGCCAACCGAAGACACUCAAGUCAACGAGCCCGCGUCUCCCGAGGCCCAACCAUCCACCGGCACCGAUACUUCCGCACGUCAGCCCAGCCUGCCGGCGCGCAGCGCCAGUCGAGCCAGCCGCUUACUGCGCCCCCUGCGGGUGAGGCGGAUUAAAUCAGACAAACUACACCUGAAGGACUUUCGUAUCCAAAUCCGCAGCCCGACACAGAACCCAGUGACCAUUGAGCCCAUCACACCACCACCGCAGUAUGAAAACAAUGUGCCCGAGUUAGGGUAGCACCUCCAGCUCCUUCAUGGAUGCAGUUUUCUCUGGAGGGACUGAUGUGGAAACACAAUUUUAAAGGUUGGUACAAUGUCGAUGCGACAAUCGCCAUAUUCAUUCUGUCGCCGUGCGUCAUUGAAAGCAGCCUUCUUCAUUUAAACAGACAGUUUAUGUAACAUUUACUAUUGAUGUAACUAUUGAUGUAGCCGUUUGUGGGGAUCGGAGGGCAAAAGGGAAUUAAUUAGACUGUUCAAUGCUGGUAAACGUCACAUAUAUGAACCGUUUGGUCAUAACGAAGACGAUGCACUGAAAUUCAAUCUGCUGUUUGUCAAUGCUUGUGGAAAUAGCUUUUAAAUGGAUUUGUUUCUCUUAAAGUGUCUAAGGUGCGUAAGGUUGUCACAACACUGGAACAGUAAUUUAAAAAAAAUAGUAUUUCCAUGUGAGAUAAAGGAUACAUUUUUUUCAAACAUCUUGUAUUAAGAAUAAAUAUUUGUCCAUUAUAAUUAGAUAUUUGUGUUGCCUUAUGCAAUUUAAAAGGAACCACACUUUACAUGUCAUUAUCUUAACCGUAGAGCUGGCAGUUCAAAGCAGACGUUCGCAACCACAAUCGUGCAUUUGUGUAAUGAUUUUAAUAGAGGCAAAUUUGACACGGCUGUAUUUAUGUUCAGAAAUGUAAGUGUAUUUUUAUGGUCGAAUAAAAUCUACAGUAUCUGUAGUCCAUUUUAUAUUGUACUCCUGUUUUAAAAUGCAUGGAACUACUGUAACAAGAGGAUUUGCUUAGAGGGGUGGAAGAGUCAUUUGAAAUACUAAUCCCAACUCUUAAAAUGUAUUAAAAGUACAUCUCACAUAUGAAUCUCUAAUUUUAAAUCAGAGGGUCUAAACUUAUUAGGCCUCUAAUUAGACUUUAAAAUUCAAGUUUUUAAUUGAGUUUUCUAAAAAGGCACACAAGUCGUAUUUGUUAUGUCUACUAUAUUGGGUCAUAUGAGUGUGAACAUGACUAUAGGGGUGUUAUGUCAGGUCUAGAGAGCUCUAAUGUUUUAAAACGUAUGUAGAGGGUUGUAAACAGGUUUCCUAUGCUCUAAUGCUUAGAUUUAUAAAUAAGGAAUCCUACUUACAUUAACUUAUCACUAUAAAGGAGAAAUUAUUGCACAGUAUAUUUUUGUGAAUUAUAAUAUAUAUGCUGGUUAAAGUCUGGUAUUUGGCUGUUCACAUACACUAAAAUAAA